AUGCUCUCGAAGGCAUUUACCACCCUUGCGUCGCUGGCUGCGCUGGCCGUCGUUGCCCAGGCGCAGACACCGGAAUACAUCGGACAACUACUGCUUCGCUCAGCCAUCAACGACAACAAAUGCUUGACAGCAACCGCCGACCACGACGCCGCCCCCGUUGUAAUCCAACCUUGUACCGGCGCCCCCAGCCAGAAAUGGACCUUCACCGAAGGCACCGUCCGCGUCUUCCACAACAAGUGCUUGGACGUUAUCGACGGCGCCGAUCGCGACGGCACCAAACUCCAGAUUUACACCUGCGCCCCUCAUAAUCCCAACCAGCAUUGGUACUACAACAAGUGGGAAAACAAAUUGGAGUGGAACGGCAGGGGCAAGUGUGUCGAGUUGCCCGAUGCGAACACUGCCGAUGGUACCCAGGCCCAUAUUUGGGGAUGCUGGAAGACGCCGAAGCAGACUUGGAACACCGGUUACAUGCCCAACGAUCUCCCACGCCAAUCUCAGCACGGGCAGUUCGGCACUAACCAGUGCCAUGGCGGCGAAGACUCCAAUUGCCAAACGUCUUGGAUCAACUCGGCAACUGAUUUCUGCCUUUGGGCUCCCCCUACACUGGGCACCGUCGGUGCCCUAGAGCGUGAAGUCGUCGCCUACUGUACCAAGUCUGGCCGUGGCGCUCGAACCAUUCCCGAUGGCACCCUCACUGGUGUCCACUUCGUCAAGACCCCUGAUUACGUCCAAAUCACCGGAACCGGCGACUUUACCAAGUUGAACAUCCCAGCUGGCGACUGGGGAGGAGAGCUCGAUAACAAGGGUGGAGAUGCCAAGGGUAACCCCAUCGGUGGUCUUAUCUUUGGCAACUCCUUCGCCGAUGGUCUCCAAUACAACGAGUGGACCGAGUUCAUCUCCGACAAGGAGUUCUGCAUUCGCGCAUGCACAGGUCCCCGGGCUAAGGAACUCUGCAACCACAUCUACGACACCAUGGGAUGCUGGUGGAAUAUGCCCGCCAACUACGAUUCCGGUGUUUUCGAGGAGUGCGAGGGCGAUUCCGCUACUCCCAUGGGUGUGUACGAUGGCACGUCGACGUGGUACCAGGGCGUUAGCCCCACUCCUUCGGCCCACCCUGCUCCUGCUUCGAGCAACUGUGUCUCUCUCCCCACCGUUGGCGUCAGCCCGUUGUUGAAGAAGAGGGGUGUUGAGGGCGUUCCUGGGUUCAACAAGAAGGUUUCUGUUCCGGAAUUCCCUGGAGCAACGCCCGCCCCUGUCGCUCGUUAA